CGGCCUCCACCGCUGUGGUCAGCAUGUCGGUGCUGGAUGCGCUUUGGGAGGACCGGGAUGUCCGCUUCGACGUUUCCUCACAACAAAUGAAAACAAGACCUGGAGAAGUCCUUAUUGAUUGUUUAGAUUCAGUUGAAGACACCAAAGGAAAUAAUGGGGAUAGAGGUAGACUCUUAGUAACAAAUUUAAGAAUUAUCUGGCACUCUUUGGCAUUACCCAGAGUCAAUCUUUCUAUUGGUUACAACUGCAUAUUGAAUAUUACAACAAGGACUGCUAAUUCUAAAUUACGAGGCCAAACUGAAGCUCUUUAUGUACUAACAAAAUGUAACAAUACUCGUUUUGAGUUUAUAUUUACGAAUUUGGUUCCUGGAAGUCCUAGACUUUAUACUUCUCUGAUUGCAGUACACAGAGCAUAUGAAACUUCUAAAAUGUAUCGUGAUUUUAAAUUGAGAAGUGCUCUAAUUCAAAAUAAGCAACUAAGAUUAUUACCACAAGAAAAUGUAUAUAAUAAAAUCAAUGGAGUAUGGAAUUUAUCAAGUGAUCAGGGAAAUUUAGGAACCUUUUUUAUUACCAAUGUGAGAAUUGUGUGGCAUGCAAAUAUGAAUGACAGUUUUAACGUCAGUAUACCAUAUCUGCAAAUUCGGUCAAUAAAGAUUAGAGAUUCAAAAUUUGGUUUAGCUCUUGUCAUAGAAAGCUCUCAGCAGAGUGGAGGAUAUGUUCUUGGCUUUAAAAUAGAUCCUGUGGAGAAACUACAAGAAUCAGUUAAGGAGAUCAACUCACUUCACAAAGUCUAUUCUGCCAAUCCUAUAUUUGGAGUGGAUUACGAGAUGGAAGAAAAGCCACAGCCCCUUGAAGCUCUGACUGUCAAACAAAUUCAAGAUGAUGUAGAGAUAGACUCUGAUGAUCACACGGAUGCUUUUGUGGCUUAUUUUGCUGAUGGCAACAAGCAACAAGAUCGUGAACCUGUGUUUUCAGAAGAACUGGGGCUUGCAAUAGAGAAAUUGAAGGAUGGAUUCACCCUACAGGGACUUUGGGAAGUAAUGAGUUGAUCUUGAGUUGAGCUGAAUUUCUAUUUACAGAUAUCUCAAGAUUAAAGAUACUAGUCGCCUACUAUAAGGCAUGGAAUAGUUUUUACAUUUACAGAAAAGUUUUUAAGAGAGUUUUUUAAUGAUUAAGAAAAAGAUCAUUUAUCUAAGA